GUGAGUCAUGUGAUGCCAAGAUGGCGGCCCCGCAGUAGCUGGCUGGAUACUGUGGCGUCCGAGAAUCCGGGACGGUUUCGUUCCUGCGAGCUUCAGUCGCGGGGACGGCGGCAACGUUUGACCGGCCUCCGCGGCCGCCCGCAGCCUCAGGCCGGGGAGCCCACUUGGGGCAGCGGCGGCGUAGGUGUGAACGGAGGCGACCUCGCCUCUUAUUUCCUGGGUCCCGCUUUGCCGGCUAAGGGUGAGUUAGCCGCGGGGGUGAGGAGAGGAGGACGAGACUUUAACUUCCCCGGUUCUAGCCCCACCAGGGGCUGGGGUCAACAGACUGUCCCGGAACCCGGCCUCGGGGGACCCCGAGGCACGAGGGACCCGAUUGGAUGAGGACAUCGAAGCCCCUGGAGGAACCGGAUGUUGUGAGCAGCGGGGGACGAGAACCCUGGGGCUGCCGCCGAGGGAGCCUGCGGUGGCGGAGGAGCUCCCGUGAGUCCCUCCCCCUGCCCCCGGAGACCUCUGCUCGUUAGUUCUCCUUGUGCUUUUGAAAGACUUCUCAGUUUUCACUUCUCCUCCCUCAUGCCCUUUUACCAUAAUUGGAAAUAUGAUCAGCGCCCCUGAUGUGGUGGCCUUUACCAAAGAGGAAGAAUACGAGGAAGAACCCUACAAUGAGCCGGCCCUGCCAGAGGAGUACUCCGUGCCCCUGUUCCCCUUUGCAAACCAGGGAACCAACCCGUGGUCUAAGCUGUCGGGGGCCAAAUUUUCUCGGGAUUUCAUUCUCAUCUCGGAGUUCUCUGAGCAGGUGGGACCCCAGCCCUUGCUGACCAUCCCUGAUGAUACCAAAGUUUUUGGAACUUUUGAUCUCAAUUACUUCUCUCUCCGGAUCAUGUCUGUGGAUUACCAGGCCUCCUUUGUGGGGCAUCCAUCUGGCUGUGCCUACCCCAAGCUGAACUUUGUGGAAGACUCCAAGGUUGUUCUCGGGGAUUCAAAGGAAGGAGCCUUUGCUUAUGUGCACCAUCUCACCCUUUAUGAUCUGGAGGCCCGGGGUUUUGUGAGGCCAUUUUGCAUGGCCUAUAUUUCUACUGAUGAACAUAAAAUCAUGCAACAGUUCCAAGAGCUCUCAGCUGAAUUUUCCAAGGCUUCAGAGUGCUUGAAGAAAGGCAAUAGAAAAGCUUUUGCAAAUGAACUUGAAAAGAAACUGAAAGAUCUGGAUUACACUAGGACUGUGCUGCACACUGAAACAGAGAUCCAGAAAAAAGCCAGUGACAAAUGGUUUUACUCCUCUCAGGCCAUUGAAAAGGCCAAUGAAUUGGCCAGUGUGGAAAAAUCCAUUAUUGAACACCAAGACCUAUUAAAGCAAAUCAGAUCUUAUCCUCACCGAAAACUGAAGGCAUCAGACUGCUAUCCCUGUGAGCCAGAGUGUGCCCAGGAUCAAUCAGCUGACCAGGCAUCCACUACCUCUAACCCUGAUGAGCCUGCUGAAAGAAAUCUUUAUAGGCGAAGAACCUCAUAUACCCCCAAACUCAUCAAGGCAAAGUCUGCUAAAUGUUUUGACAAGAAGCUGAAAACCUUGGAAGAACUUUGUGACACUGAGUUUUUCACCCAGACACUGGCUCAGUUGAAUCACAUUGAACAUAUGUUUAGAGGAGAUCUAUGCUACCUUUUGACCAGCCAGAUUGACAGAGCCCUUUUGAAACAACAGUGUAUAACUAACUUCCUCUUUGAAGACUUGGUGAUUUUAGAUGAUAAAGUAGUAGAGAAACAGGAUAAUACACCCAUGGAGUACAGUCAGGACAAGCUGCACUCCAGAUCUUUGGAAGACUGUCCAAUUCCUAAAGUGUUAAUUAAUGUGGGAUCUUUCAAGUCCAGUGUGGAGUCUGUACUUAUCAAGAUGGAGCAGGAAGUUGGAGAUGAAUUCAAAGAGUCUGAGGUGACAGAAUCUAGCAUUUAUGAUCAUCAGGAGAACUUGGAUUACCUUGACAUGGAUAUGAAAGGAAGCAUCAGUAGUGGUGAAAGCAUUGAAGUUUUGGGCACUGAAAAGUCUGCUUCUGUUCUAUCUAAGUCAGACAGUCAGGCAAGCUUGACUGUCCCAUUGAGCCCUCAGGUGGUCCGGAGCAAAGCAGUCAGCCGAAGAACUAUCAGUGAGGACAGUAUUGAGGUUCUUAGCACUUGUCCCUCAGAGGCUUUGAUCCCUGAUGACUUUAAGGCAAGUUACCCAAGUGCCAUUAAUGAAGAACCUUAUGUGGAAGAGCCUUAUGCAGAUGAUGAUGAAGGAGCUAUUCACUUUAGUGCAAGUGUCAGCCAACAGGAUCUUGGUGAGACAGAGGGCAGUUCAGAAAACACUUUAGCACAAACAGAUUCUGCUUGUUGUAUUGGAAAGGAGAGUUCAAGUCUCCUCAUACCAAAUUCUGACCAAACACAAAAGCAGUUCGAUGAAGAUGGAGUGGUCAGUAUUCCUCCGCAGCGUUACAAGGAGAGGCAGCAAGGAUUUCAUGUGGAUUUCUCAGUGGAUGAUAUCAACUCUUCUUUCCAGGAGAACACAACAGGUCUUUCUCCUUAUGACCUGGACCCAAGCUGCCUGAGAAGCAGCAGGGAUCUCAGUAAGAUCAGCCUUAAUGAAUAUGGAGACUCCACCAGCUACAUAAGCAGUACAGCAUCCACCAGUUCGGAUAGGACUCCUUCUCCUGCCCAUCACAUUGGCCUCUUCUCAGAGAGGCAUAAAAAAAAGGCUGGGCAGAAUGCCUUAAAAUUCAUUAGGCAGUACCCCUUUGCACACCCUGCAAUUUAUUCUCUGCUUAGUGGGAGAACUCUUAUUGUCCUGGGGGAAGAUGAAGCAAUAGUGAAGAAGCUCGUAACAGCUCUCUCCAUCUUUGUUCCCAACUAUGGCAAAUAUGCCAAGCCUGUGAAACACUGGGUCUCUUCCCCUUUGCACAUAAUGGAUUUUCAGAAGUGGAAACUUAUUGGCUUACAGAGAGUGGUUUCUCCAGCUGGUGUCAACACCCUCCAUUCCCUGAACCGAUACAGCCGUUACACUAGCAUACUAGAUUUGGACAACAAAACAUUGCGGUGCCCACUCUACCGAGGCACUUUGGUGCCCCGCCUGGCAGAUCAUCGAACACAGAUCAAACGGGGGAGCACCUACUACAUGCAUGUGCAGAGCGUCCUGACCCAACUAUGCUCUAAGGCCUUUCUCUAUGCUUUCUGUCAUCACCUACACUUACCCAUCAACGAGAAGGAGACAGAACAGUCUGUGGUAGGCCGACAGGUGAACUUCUUGAAGCUGCACCUGGGCCUGGUGAAUGAGGAUGUCAAAGUGGUGCAAUAUUUGGCUGAGCUGCUCAAGCUGCAAUACAUCCAAGAGCCUGUCAGGCCUAAUCACUCACUGCUCAGGUUUGACUAUGUUCCCAGCUUUUUGUACAAAAUCUAGGCCUGUUCCCUGCUGUUUCCCAGGUAUGUUUCCCAGAAACAUACAUGACUUAGGGUCAGAGGGUGCAAUGGGGAUGACCAAACAUUUGCCUGAGCUUGACUUUGUAUUUCUGCUAUUCAUUGGAAAAGAAAUUAGAUGGUGAAAAAUGUUAGUAGCAUCAGGGCUUCUCCAGCUGGGGAAAUGCAGGUGUCUAAGAGGUUCCUGACACUCAGGAACGAAGUAUGGGAUAUUUUUCACAGCCAAGCUUUCCUUGAAGAUGUUUAAGGGGGCAGUCAGCUACCAUUAGGUUCUUUGUUGUGUCAGUUGUUUGUUGUGAUCAGGCUCCUGGAUUCAAAAUAGCUCUUCAUUUUACAUUGAUGGGGGCAAGGGUCCUUUAAGUCAAAAUGCCCCUUGAUAUUGAAAAAAACUUAACUAAGCUACAUCAGGACUACACAGCUCUAGAUAGAAAACCCAAAAGGAACCCAGCCAAACCUUCAUCACAUUGAGGGGCAAAAUGAGCAGGGAAAUCAACUAUAGCAAAUAGAAACUUAAUACAUUAAUUUGCACAUUAAUGUCUUUUCAUUAAGAUCUCAGGUAAUUGACAGUGGCCCUGUAAUUAUCUGACAUCACUGGAGCCUGUUGUAUUUAAAGGAGGUGUUUAACUGUAGUCCCCAGAAAUUGAUUGUUCCUUGGCCCCUGAGAUGGGAGAAGUGAAAGCAGCUACAAACUGGGCAGUUUGAGAAAAUGUCUCAAGCAGCCCCCAUUGAGUGAUGAUGAAUGUGUGUUAGAACCUUUAGUUGUUUCUCAUGCCCAUAGAGAGAUCCAUCUGUGCCUUUUCUGCCUGUUUCAUUAUUCAAUCUUAAUUGGGGGGGAGGGUAGGUAGGGGAGAUGUUCCCAGACUUUUUGAGCUUAGGUAUGCAGUGUGUCAGUGAAGGGUUCCAGGACAAACGAGCAAGGCAGAGGGCAUGGAAGGGGUGGGGCCAAAGUUACCAGUUCGACCAGUACCAUCAAUCCAGUGACUGGCAAUUAACAUGGUUUUGUUCUACUGGCCUCUCUGAUCAGGAUCUAGUUUGCUGCUGUCAUUGCAAAGCUCUGGGGAAGUGUUAAAACUGUGUGGAUCACCACUCUCAAUUCCAAAUCCUUUCAUCCAUCAAGCCUUCACAACUUCUUUACUGCCUCUCAGAGGGUGUGAUUUGCUAGCCGGACCAUGGGCUCUGAUUCAUUUCAGUGAUUUGUUACUAGCAGUUUUCUUGUGUUCUAAAAUUCCCUGAAUUAGUUUUGGCCAGAUUGAAGAAACAUUUCGAAAAUGGGUUUAGAUAGCCCAUCCUUUGAUGAUGGUGAUAGGUUGGAGAGGAUAGUGCCUACCUCUUGACCUGUUUCUGUUCUCAGUGUGUCCUCCAUCUCCACAGGGGAUUUAUAGCUAGUUUUUAAAAGGUGGUGGGGAAGGUUGCAUUUAAUCUCAUGACUAGAUGUUACUUUUGGCUUUCAUCUUCACCACCAGAAUAUGGAGACAAGAGUUUUCUUGCAACCUUGAAAUUUUAAAUGUUUUCAAAGAAUGCUGUUUUUAUUUCCAGCCAUGAGAUUUUACUGUUUUUAAUUUAUUCCACAAAAAAAAAUGUGAUUAUAGAUAUAAAAGCAACCCCGAAUUCUGCACUUGAAUGUGGUGGUGCCAUUGAGCCAAUGUUAGUGGAGGAUUCUUAGGUGGUAUGUUUGUGUUUUUCUGCUUUUCAAGUUUGAUGUAGAGUUCCUAGUGUCCCAACCCAAGUGUUGCUUUGAAGCCAGACCCUUAUUCUGCUGCUUUCCAUGAAGGUUCAAUACCAUGGCCUGUAUGCUCUGCCAUCUCCCAAAGAGAAUGAGAAUUUGUUUUUUAUUGUUUUUCUCUCUCAUUCCCCUAGCUGUUCUGUAUAAGAGAGGGGAAGGACAACCACACCCUCUCCCUUCCUCAUCUCCCAGUGUAAUGUUGCUUGUCAAACCAGUAAACCUAGGGACGUUUUCAUGAUGGAGCAGCUUGGAUUUUUUCAGGUUAUUCCCCCUCCCCACCCCCUUCUUCCACUGCACACUUCCAUAGCAAAAAGCAUAGGAAAGGAGCUUCCUGGUGCCUUUGAAAUGUGAGUCAUAAAUCUUACUCAUAGCCCUACUUGGGGAAAAGCCUUUUCUCUCAAAUCUGUCGAAUGCCGGUGUUAUCUUAGCUGGGUGGUCAAACAGUGCUUUUUCAUCCAUGGAGGAGGCAGCUGUAGAGUUUCUCUUUAAAGGAAAAGAGUGAUGAAAGAACAGCAAAGUAUCAUCAGAGCUGCCAUUGCCAUUCUAAUUUUAAACUUUCUACUGCAGGACUCUCUGGAGGCAAAAGGGAAGUGAUAAAUAACUGCUUCACCUAGAAAAUGGGUAAAGGCAGCAGAUCCAUUUCUGCUGUGUGAUGCAUCUGGCUUAAGUCAGAUUUGGUUUGGGGGGUAGGAGUGGAGAAAGGGACUCUUUCACAAUCUUGACCCAAGUGGCAUUUUGGAAGGUGUUAACCAAAACUCUGGAUGGUAAAGUAGGAAAAACCACGACAAUGAAUAGGACACCCUUUUUCCCAUAUGAAGCUUGUGACUCUAAAAGCCUCUUAAAAAAAAUGAACAGAAGUCAUCCUUAAGAAAGGUAGACUGACUUAAGUUUUGGGGCAGUAUUUCAACUGGAAAAUAAUUUUGGGGAGUAUGAAUUUCAAAAAUAUUCAGUAAAAGAAUUUCAUUUUCAACAGGUUUUGAAAAAAAUCACCAGGGGUUGUUUACAGCUUUGGGCAUAGGUGUUUAAAAUCCCCAUAAAAUGGAAUUUAUCUUAAAUGCACUCUAUUAUAAGACCUAUGUUAAGACUUUUUUUCCAUUUCAGAAAGUUGAAUCUAAUUAUUAGACACCUUUUUUAAUUAGGGGAGGAUGUAAGAGUUAUAAAUACUCAGAUAAAAUGCUUCAGGUUUUUUUCUUUUAAUCAACACAGUAUCAUAGAAAACAUUUAAAAAGAAAACUCAAAUUUAAGUAAUUAAUCACAUUCCAGAAACUAGGUAAUAUUAACCCCACUUUUUAAUCUUUGUUGUUGUUGCCAAGAUUUUGUUUUCAGGUAACAGACACAGCUUUUGUUUUUAAGUUUGAGGUUUAAAUCUUUAGUAUUUUCUGUUUUAUAUCACCUUUUGGGGGAAAAAUAACUAAGGCAAGAAUUAGGUAAUUAUAAACCUGAUUAUCAGACUUGUGAAGUCUGAUAGGUACAUGUUUUAAAAUCCCUGUUAAGAAAAUUCAAACAAAAGGCAUGUAUUAAGCCAUAUUAAUCCAUCUCCUGCUUCAUCGCUUCCCCAAACCAAGUGUUCCCCACCUGGAGUUGGUAGUUUGGAAGUUUUCAUUUUUUACAUAAAUGUUAGCAAGGAAAAGUUGGGUGGUUUCACAUAUUUCUCAGUUUUAAAGAUUUAUUACAGUCUCCCAUCAACCCAAUUGGAACAUGUAAUUUUCAAAGCAUACUUUUAAAUUUCUAUUCAUGUAUAUGGACAAAUCUUUAUUUGGAAUAUAAUAUAAUUCAAAACUAAAUGAAUAACCUGAUCCCAUUUUAAGAUGAGAGGGGGCCAAGUUUUUAGCAUGCUUGCCAGGGCUGCUAAGGUUCUAUGAAGCAUCUCUAAGGAAAAAUGAUUGCUUGCUUUCGGAACAAUCUGGUUUUUUGUCAAUACCAAGAGCAUGUAUCCUCCUAGCAAACCCUCAGUGUUGCAUGUCAGGUCAUAGUUCCUAGUGUUAUCUUUGUGGUGUCUGUCAGUGCAACAACUGGGCACACCUUCUCAAACUAAUUGAAUUCAUCAGAGCAGCCUUUGGAAGGUCACUAAAAGAGUUGAGGUCAAGUAGUUUUUCUCAAGUUUGCCUCCCUAGGAGUUCAGAAAGGAUGUCUUGAUUUAUGCUUUAAGUCGAACUCGUUUUCUGGCUUUCCUCCAAUAUUGUGCUUUGUAUUAGGAAAUAAGAGGACUCAUUCCACAGGUAAAAAGAGGGAGGGCAACAGUGUUUUCCCUGCUCCUAAAUUGGGAUGUAAUACAAUUGAAAUUUCCAACACCUUAAGUUGCCUCUGUCUCUGCUUUGAGAAGCUUGUGGUCAUGACUCUGAAUAUUUUUAUGUUCUGUUAUGCUUCUGGUAAGGGAAGGCAGGCAGGAAUAGUUAAAAGUCAGAGUUCAUGAGACUGGGAAAAGGACAGGAGUACCUCGAGGCCAAGUAACCCGAACUGUUGGGCCCAGGCCUACAGUCAAUAGCUUGUUCCUUUACUGAAGUGAAAGAAAUGAACUCUUCCAAAUUGGCAGUGCCAACUGUCAAUGCCAGUCCUGUAAAGAAUAUGUUCAUCCCCUAGGCAGAAGGAAGUGCUGCCGUUGUGUGUGUGUGCACUUUAGACCACUGUACAAAAAUUCACUACUGAUGUCAGAUCCCAGAUGGAAGCAAAGAUGGGAAAAACUGGUGAAUCAGGUCAUCCACAGGGUGAUGGGCUGAUUUAUGUGAGAAGGCAGAGGUACAGGGUACAAUCUCACCCUGACAAUUCAAACACUAAGGAGUUGGGAAUACUGAUUGGGUCGAGAUAAAUGCUGCCUUUCAGGCUGCAGUGAGGAACAUGGGCUGUGAUGAAUUCUCACUUAUUUUAAAGAAAAACUAUUUUUAUUAUUGCAUGUUCACUUGUUUGUAUCUGUAAGUGUGUGUACAGACCAUUGUGUAAGCGGUAGUUUAAACAAGUGCCCAAUGGAAGUAGUACACUUGGCAUGUCUGUAAUAUCAUUUUAGAGGUGUUGCUGCACAAGUAUGAGUUAAUGCCAAAUGAAUAGUAUGAGAAAUGUACUGUAAAAAAUUAAUUUAUUUGAGUUCAGAUAUUUUUGAAAUACAAAUUUGGUUGUAUUUUUAAAGCUAUAAUUCUUGUCACAUUCUGUGGUUAAUUUUAUUGUGCUUAUUAAAAAUGGUCAUUACUGUUUUGCA